GGAAGAGGGCGACAGCGUGGAGCUGUGGGCGAGCCGUGCUCAAAACUGAGCAAGAUUUGGAGCUAUGUGCUCAGGAUGCUUUGGGGCCUGUUCCCUGCAUUGCAGAGUGAUUGUCAUGAGGAGAAAGCCAUGGAGGGCAUUCAGCUUCGGGCCUCCAGUGGGCACGGCCUCUUCCGGCUCUCCGCGAUGGAAGUGAAGUUGAUUCACGUGGCUCUGGUGGUCUUCUUCUUGCUCUCGGUUGCCAUGACCAGCUGCUUCUUGUGGCAGUACAGCCUUCCCAAACUUGAGCCCAGCCCAUCAGUGACAGAAAUAAAGCCAGAAGCGGUGCAGAUGUGCCCCCGUUACCCAGACCCGGUGCCUCUGGAUCACCCCAUCCCAAUCCUGAAGGAUGCUCUGGAAAAGGUGGACACACUCCUUCGCCACAAAAUCCACAGCCCUGGCCUGCCAGCUCUCUCAGCUAUCGUCAUCUACAACGACACUGUACUGUGGACGGGCAACUUUGGGAAACGCAAUGGCUCAGACCCUUUCUCUGGCAUUCCCAACGAAUACACCAUUUACAGGAUUGCGAGCGUCUCCAAGAUCUUCCCCACCAUCAUGCUCUACAAACUGUGGGAGGAAGGGAAGGUGACGUCACUUGAUGACCCGCUAGAGCGGUAUGCCCAGAGCUUCACCAUCAAAAACCCCCUGGGGAGGCUCAAGGAGUCGGAGCAGAGGUACUCAGCGGAUGGACUGAUCUUCCUGGAGAAGGGCUCAUUGCCCCUCAAGCCAUCGCCCGUGACCCUGCGCAGAAUGGCCAGCCAGCUCUCAGGUUUACCCCGGCGCCUGCGCUCUACCAGCCUACUGUGGAAAGGGACUACCCAAGAAGCCCUGGCCCUGCUGAAGGAUGAUGUUCUGGUGGCUGACCCGGGAACCAGGUGCCACUACAGCAACUUGGCUUUCUCACUCAUGGCGCAUGUGCUGGCAGAGCAUGCCGCCGAGGGCGAGUACCAGCGCUGGGUCUCUGAGAACAUCCUUGACCGACUGGGGAUGGAGGACACUGGUUUUGAUAUCACACCUCCCAUCCGUUCCCAGAUGGCCGUCGGCUUCUACGGCAGCGGGCAACUUGCUCCCCUCUACGACCUGGGCUGGUACAGGCCUUCUGGCCAGAUGUACUCGACAGCUGCCGACCUUGCCAAGUUGGCCAUGGUCUUCUUGGGCACCUACCACCGACGCCUCCUGGAGCCCGACACGGUGAAGACCAUGUUGACGCCCCUCUUCAAGUGCUCCAGCGAGUACUUUGCCAACAAGACCGGCACGCCUUGGGAGAUCAACGAACAGCUGGGCUACGACAUCAUCAGGAAGGAUGGCGACCUGGACGGCUACUCAGCCACCUUCUCAUUGGUCCCCAAGCUUCGCUUGAGUUUCAUUGUGCUGAUGGCCGGGCCCCGCCCCCAAGGGGGAGAUAUUGUUGCACAGACAUACGAGUACCUGAUCCCCGCCAUGGAGACCGCCUUCCGUGAAGCAGAGAAGAGCCUCAAUCCUCCUCCGAGCCCCACCCCUUACGUUGGCUACUACACGUACUCCAACCUGACGUUCUACGAGAUCAAGGUUGGUGCCAACGGGGUCCUCGUCAUGCAACAGUUCGGGCCGCACAUCGAGGAGCUGAUCCCCGAGAACUAUCGGACCAUACAUCUGCAUCACCUCGAGGACCGUGUUUUCCAGGUGGUCUUUGACAAGGAGUUCCCGUGCACCUUGCGCUUAGGCUCUGCCUCCGUUUCCCUAGAGACCCAGGAUGGACAGCUUUUUAACUUCUACCCUAUUGACCGCAAGGGCUUGUCCCCUGGCUUUGAUGCCCCGGGUCUGAACACUUACAACGUCCUGCGCAUCCAGCGCAAACCAGUCUUCUACAGCUAACUUGCCAACUCCAGGAUGGAUCGCUUCUGCUCCGAGACCACCCUCAGGGGGUCUGCUGUCCCACAAGGCCUUGGAGCUGCAGAAAAGAAGAGAAAGAUGGCAGAGGAACCCAUAACAUCGUCCCACACAUGGCUUAACUCCUCCACGUCCUCUGAGCUGGUUCCACUGAAAACCGUUCUGACACAUAGACCUCCUCCUGACCUUGCACAGCUCAACCUAACCAUGAGGCAGGCCCCAGACAUCUCCUGGGCAGCUCUCCUUCCUAUCAAGACAGCUUCUGGGGGCAUCUUGCUGGAACGUACUCUGUUCCAAGCUCUCAACAUGAGCAGCUUCUGAUCUAG